AUUCUCAUUUGUUCAAGUGUUUGACUAUAGCAGAGUUGAAACGACAAGAUUUAAUGAGUCAUCCGAUACCUUUCUUUAUUUUUCCAUUCUCAUCAAAUCCCAUUGACUUUCUCUCUCCCCUCAUCAACUUUCCCUCUUUAUUAUCAUCAUCUCCAUUUUUUCUCCUCUUAUUACUCAACCCAUUUUCUACUUUACUUUCUCUCUCUAAAAAUUCAAAUCCUAGAUUAAAUAUGGCCGUUGAGCUAAUGGUCGGAUCUUACAAGAGUAAUCCCGACACUUUUGCAGCAAGAAUGGAAGAAAAUGCCGUCCGAGAAGCGACGUCAGCUGGUCUUCAAAGUGUCGCAAAACUCAUUAAUCUACUCUCUUCCCAAAAGGAAAUCAUUCAAGAUGUAAACUCCCAAGAUUAUAAAGCCGUCGCCGAUGUUGCCGUCGAUAGAUUCAAAAAGGUUAUUUCGAUUCUAGACCGUAAUCGAACUGGUCAUGCCCGAUUCCGGCGGGGCCCAAUAGAUCAACCCCAAAUUCAACCGCCGACGGCGGUGGAGCGGAAACCGUUGGUUUUAGAUUCUAAACCGUCGAUUGGAUCCGCUUUUACAAGAGUUGUUAGUUCUUCUCAGAUCCAACGGUUACCACCACUUCCACAACAGCAUAGUAAGAUGAUGGAGAGAAAGGAGUGUUCUACUACUAUUAAUUUUUCUUCUUCUUCAGCUUUAAUGGCGGCGACGAACUCAUAUAUAUCGUCUUUGACUGGAGAUUCUGAUAGUUUACAGCCAUCUUCAAUGUCUUCUGGGUUUCAAAUAACGAAUUUAUCACAAGUUUCACCUGCUGGUAAACCUCCGCUUUCUUCUUUGAAGAGGAAGUGUAAUUCCAUGGAUGAUUCUAAGUGUUCUGCUUCUGACCGCUGCCAUUGCCCCAAAAGAAGGAAGUCAAGGGUAAAGAGAACGGUGAGAGUACCAGCUAUUAGCUUAAAGAUGGCUGAUAUUCCUCCAGAUGAUUAUUCAUGGAGAAAAUAUGGUCAAAAACCAAUCAAAGGAUCACCUCAUCCAAGAGGUUAUUACAAAUGUAGUAGCGUGAGGGGAUGUCCAGCACGUAAACAUGUGGAGCGAGCACAAGAUGAUCCAUCAAUGUUAAUUGUGACAUACGAAGGUGAUCACAGCCAUCCACAAUCCGUUACCGACGCUACUGUUGCUGCUGCACUUGUACUCGAAUCCUCUUAGUCAACCACAUUUAAUCCACUUAUGGUCCUACCUACAUACAUCAGAUCAACCAUCUAACGGCCAAUAUUUGGUUUCAAUCAACGACAAAACAUGAAUGGACCCCACCUUAUUGAUAGAUCAGAACCGUCCAAAAUAGGGAUGUUAAUGAAGAUCCACUAUUAUAGUAACGUUUUGCUAAAGGGUCAACUUAAAGAAAGUCCAAUCCACCUUCGUCAAAAUUAUUAUUAUUAUUAUUAUUAUUAUUAUAUUAUUGUAUUAGUAGUGGUGUUAGUGGGUUUACGUCACCUACCUAAUACUUGAAUUGAAAAUUGAAAGAGCAUCUUAUAUUUUUUUAAUUCUUUUGUUGAAUUUUUUUUUUUUUAAUGUUUUUUUUUUCCACUAUUUGUCUUUUCUUUUUCUGAAACCAUUACUUUAUUGAUGAAAGGGAAGGAAUGUAAUGAGAUGUGGAAAAAGGAUAUAUAAAUUGGUAUUGAAAGUUGUGGAUUUGGUGGAAGUUGAAUUGAUGAGGAAAAGUUCUCCGUCUAAUCUACCCAUCUAUUAUUUAAUUAGGAAUUUGGUUAGUUGAUUUUUUGCCGUUUACUUUAUGUAGUCCU